AUGGCUUCCGAAGCCAAGGACAUCACGGCGCCGCCCGCCGACAAGCAGGUCAUCGCCCACGAGGGCAAGCGCUACGUCACAGUCAAAGAAGGCCUCGCACACAUUCUCGUCCCGGAACCGUCCGAAGAAGACAAGGAGAACCUCAGGCCCGACCAGGCUGUCCGACAGGUCUUCUACAACCCCAUCCAGCAGUACAACAGAGACUUGACCGUCCUUGCCAUCAAGGCCUACGGCAAGGAAGCGGUCCAGCAGAAGCAAGCCAGCCACUCCAAACUCGAGAAGAUCAUCGAGAAGAAAAGAAAGCGACAGGCACAGAAGCAGGACCAGCAACCGAACAAGGCCCAAAAGGGGGCAGACGGCGAGAAGGCGACCACCGAACCCGCGACUGAGGCUACGUCGGCCGAAACAGUGCAGCAAAAUGGAGAAGAGGCUAAGGACGCCACAGAACAAGAGACCGACGUCCCCGUCGAGCAGGGCGACAAAGAGGCUACGAAUGGUGAAGCCAAAAAGGGAAAGCAGCCGCCAUUUACCGUCCUCGAUGCGCUAUCAGCCAGUGGCCUUCGUGCCCUCAGGUAUGCCCACGAGAUCCCGUUCCUCACCUCAGUAACGGCGAAUGAUCUCCUCGCGACCGCUGUCGAAUCGAUCAAGCUCAAUGUGAAGCACAACCGCCUCGAAGACAAGGUCAACGUUUGCCACGACGAUGCGUUGGCCCACAUGUACACCCUGAUUGCCAAAGAGCUUCGCUCUAAGGAUCCCAAGGGCAAGCCCACCAUUAGCGAAAAGUACGAUGUUGUCGAUCUCGAUCCCUACGGCACCGCUGCUCCCUUCUUGGAUGCUGCCGUCCAGUCUGUCCGCGAUGAUGGUGGCUUGCUCUGCGUUACCUGCACUGAUUCCGGUGUGUGGGCCUCCAACGGAUACCCAGAAAAGUGCUACUCCUUGUACGGCGGUGUCCCUGUCAAGGCAUGGUUCUCUCAUGAAGUCGGUAUUAGACUCAUUCUCUACUCGAUUCAAACGGCAGCUGCGAAAUACGGUCUCACCAUCGAGCCACUUCUGUCCCUUUCCAUCGACUUCUACAUUCGAGUCUUCGUCCGCGUCAAGAAAUCUCCUGCUGCUGUCAAGUUCCAGGGAGGCAAGAACAUGAUGGUUUACAACUGCGAUAGCGGCUGCGGAGCUUGGUCAACACAGCUCCUGAUGAGAAACAAGGCCUCGCCGAACAAGAAGGGCUCCGGUGUCUUCUACAAGCACACUUUUGCCCAAGGACCUUCGGUUGAUAAGGGCUGUGAGCACUGCGGUUCCACAAUGCACAUGGCUGGUCCGAUGUACGGUGGCCGCAUUCACUCGCCCGAUUUCAUCAAGCGCGUCCUCGGCGAACUCGAUGAGGCGCCCACAGAUGUUUACGGAACGACCCCAAGGAUAAGGGGCAUGCUGCAGACGGCACUUGAAGAAAUUCUGUUGACCCCCGAGGAACAAGAGGCGGAGAAAGCCAAGGAGGAGGCAAUCCAGGCCGGCAAGAAGCCAGACCCUGCCUUCAAGGAGGCUGAGCUCGCGGCUAUUGAUCCCUACCCAUUCUACUUCCACCCCGCUACCAUAUCCGGCAUCCUCAAAUGCUCCUGCCCACCAGAGGCACCGCUUAAGGGCGCGCUGCGCGGUCUCGGGUACCGGGUUACAAGGAGUCAUUGCAAGCCGGGUAGCAUCAAGACAGAUGCACCAUGGUCUAUCAUUUGGCAUGUAUUCAGGGAGUGGAUCCGUCAGAAGGCACCCGUGAAGGAGGACAACAUCAAGCCAGGUACGCCUGGAUACAGGCUGCUACGUCUCGGUGAGAAGAAGAAGCAGGAGGAGCAAGCGGAACAGGCAGACGGUACCGAGGCGCCAAAGGAGCAGCAGAGCAAACAAGCGGAGGGAGAGAAGAUGCCCGAGGUGGUAUUUGAUGAGCAGCUUGGUCGGGACGACAAGACUGUCAAGUUGGUCCGGUAUCAGGCAAACCCAAGAGAAAACUGGGGUCCUCUGAACAGGGCAGUAGGAAAAGUGCCUUCUCACCAUCGUAAGGAUUGA